UAAAAGGACAAGAGCUGCAUUGAAAUAGGGAGGAGUGAGAGAGGGGAGUGUUAUCACAAGGAAACCCAUCGGAAACCAAAGCUUCAAUCUCUCUCUUCCGAUUUCUUCAAUGUCUUCUUUAGUCAACACCGUAUACUCCGUAAGACUAUCUUCCAGCGCCGAAGCAUCUUGCCCGCCGCGAAAUCGGCGGCUCGCCGCGAAGCCGAGCUGUAUUUCUCUCAACAGGAGGAGACUUGUAGUAAGAGCUACUGAGACUGAUACGAACGAAGUUGGAGCAAAGGCACCGGAUAAUGCGCCGGCCCAGAGUGGUUCGAGCUUUAAUCAGAUUCUCGGUAUCAAAGGAGCCAAACAAGAAACUAAUAAGUGGAAAAUCCGAGUUCAGCUCACGAAGCCUGUUACAUGGCCUCCACUUAUUUGGGGUGUAGUCUGUGGAGCUGCUGCAUCAGGAAACUUCCACUGGACCGUGGAAGAUGUAGCUAAGUCGAUCGUCUGUAUGCUUAUGUCUGGUCCUUGUCUAACCGGCUACACUCAGACGAUAAAUGAUUGGUAUGACAGAGAUAUCGACGCCAUUAACGAACCUUAUCGCCCAAUUCCUUCAGGAGCAGUAUCGGAGAAUGAGGUGAUUACACAAAUAUGGGUGCUGCUCUUGGGUGGCCUUGGCUUGGGUGGUCUCUUAGAUGUGUGGGCAGGGCAUAAUUUUCCGGUGAUAUUUUACCUUGCCCUCGGUGGAUCCUUGUUGUCCUACAUAUAUUCAGCUCCACCUUUAAAGCUCAAGCAAAAUGGAUGGAUCGGCAAUUUCGCUCUAGGAGCAAGCUAUAUAAGUUUGCCCUGGUGGGCUGGUCAAGCAUUGUUCGGGACGCUUACACCCGACAUUAUUGUUCUAACACUGCUCUACAGUGUAGCUGGUCUGGGAAUAGCAAUUGUAAAUGACUUCAAGAGUAUCGAAGGAGAUCGACAGAUGGGACUACAGUCACUCCCGGUGGCUUUUGGCUCUGAGACUGCAAAGUGGAUAUGUGUUGGUGCUAUCGACAUAACUCAGUUAUCCGUAGCAGGGUAUCUUCUGGGUGCCGGUAAACCAUAUUACGCUUUAGCACUUGUAGGCUUAAUCGCCCCACAAGUCUUUUUCCAGUUCAAGUACUUCCUCAAAGACCCAGUUAAAUACGAUGUCAAGUAUCAGGCUAGUGCACAACCAUUUCUUAUACUCGGUCUACUAGUCACCGCUUUAGCAACUAGCCAUUGAUCCUCCCCCGAAGAUAAACGUCAGAAAUCAAGGAGAUUUCCAUAAAUGCUUUGCCGCUUCAACUGUAUGUAGAUCUCUUGCCUAUUUUUUUUUUGCUAUUAUGUUUUUUCUCAUCCAUCAUGUGCUACAUGAUAGAUUCAUAGUUCGUUUUCUUGCUAGACCUUUUGCCAAAUUAAGUAACAGUAGUUUUUUUAUAACUUGAUAGAAUGCACUUAAACUAUUUAUAUCUGUUUUGUUUUUUCAGUUAGUAAAUUUUGAUGAGAAACAAAUAA